UUGCUUUCCCGCAUUUCGGCAUUAUUUGGCCAGUGGCGAACGAUUGUUGUGAAGCACUGACGGAGCAGAACUACAAAUUAGCGAACUUAUUCUGUAAAAUUUAUGUGUCUGGCACAUUGAUAUUGCCAGAUAUCACGAAGAGAUUUUCAAACGGAUCCAAAUGCUUGUGGGCCUCAGCGCACUCCUGAAAACUACAAUUCUGCUGUGGAGAUUUUACAGUCUGAGGGACAACAAAACGUUGAAGAAAUGGGUGAUUCGGAGCUAAACAUUUCAAACAUCAGCAAUGCCAUUGAUGCUGUAUUACCUGACCUCCCAAUCGCAACUAUAAAAUCUCUUGAGGAGACCAUAAAGUCACUGGAGUGGAGACCCCAGAAGAUUUCAGAUUUCUCAAGGAAUCAGAUCUGGCAGCUGUACUGAGGCCCAUUCAAGCCAGGAAAUUUAUUUCUGUUCUAAAGGAGACCACAGAAAUUUCUGAAACCCCAAAGCAACCAGUCUGUUCAUCUCCAGGAUCUUUUCUGUCUCAGAGUUCUUCAUACUCAUCUCCCAGCACCUCCCCUUCUAGUGUGAACUGGGUUGACAGCUUUGAAGUCCCAUGGAAUAAGUUUCCUGAGGAAUUAAUGCAGGCACUUGAGACACAGAAAAGGCCAAGUUCUCGGUUGCGUAGGGAAAUGGUGAGGAUUGUUGUUGCGGAAAUGAUGAAAGUCUGUGCUUGUCCAAGUAGGAAGAAUUUAACGGAGGUCGCCAAAAGGAUGGUUGCCAAAUAUCCUAAGUCUUUGCAAGAUGUGAUUGAAGAGAGUGUGAUUGGUCCUGGAUACUACUCUUUGGUCAAACAAUUUCAAGCCAGGUUUGAAAAUGCAAGACGGACCAGCACACCAAAAAUAAAGAAGCGCAUUCAUGAUACAUAGGAAUGUGACACUGAGGAAGUUCCACCUGAAAAAAGGGCUGCAGUCCAAGAUACAUAUGGCUGCACCAAUUGGGAAGUUAGAUUUAUGCCCCUCAGUGAAACUGCUGAGAGUCUGCAGUUGUAAAAAGAGAAGAUGAGGAGUCUGUCACAAACAACUGACUGGAAUGAAGAGGAAGUGAAGGUCCUCAUGAAAUCUACAUACUACAGUCAACGAAAAGAUAUCAACAAAGGAACAGACAUGAAAACCCUCACUGAGGAGUGGCCAUUUUUGUUUCAGGAAAGUGGAAUGGAAGUGCACUUUAAAGAUCUCACAGGGAUACCACUUAAAGAGACCUUCCUGAACAGCAUCGACCGAAAAGGAAGCAGGCUGUUGAACUUCAUGAAGAAUGUUUGUGCAACCAAGAACAAGCGUGUCUUACAGACUGUCACAAAACUUCAAGUUUUGAGAGGACAGACAAAUGGUUGCUCAGAGGAUGUAAAAGACAUGAUUCUUCUACUUCUCUCCUAUUUUGAUGAGAAAGAGGAGCUCCUCCUUCAUUAUGUAGAAGAGACAAGCCUUGCAAAGGAUGUUGAGUUGGAAAAUCUGCCUGUGACGCCUUGCAUUAUUGUGUGUGGACCCUCCUGCUGUGCUGCUGUUCGAUUCAUGCUCAGUGUGGACCGCCAGAUUGCGAAUGAUGACAUCACUACAUUCAUCACCGCUGUCUGCCUAAUGUUUGGCAGUUAUUACUGUUUCAACAUUCACUACCCAUCUGAACUGGCGUCAGUGCUUGAAUUUUUGCAAAGGUGUUUUUUCGUCAUCAAUCCCGAAAAGGGCACAAAGGUUGCGGAAAAGAAGAACAAAAAGCGAGUCCCAGUGAACCCAAGAGUCUUCACCUUAAUCUCUGACCUUUCUGAUCAUGAGUGGCGAGAGACUUUGUAAAGGUGGCCUGCAAAUGGUUUCCAAGUUUAAACUAUUAAAGGACAAUUCCGGCGCAAAAUGAACCUAGGGUGUAAUAUCACAUUG